AUGUUUUACGUCAUAAAAUCUAUUCUUACGACUGCCAUGGUGUGCUUCUUAACGUCUCAACUAGAAACUUUAUGUGAUUUCUACAUCUUUUUAACAAAACGUAAGAAAAUGUUUUCGAAUGUUUCGGAACCUUCAAUUCAAUUAAGAUUAUUUAAACUUUUUCCAUCUCAAAACAAACAAUGGAACAAGAACCAUAUUAUAAAUCACAAUAAGAAGUCAUUUCGUCUUUGCAGUAGUCAUACAUUGGAGAGUCGAUUGAGGCGAAACAUUCGGUCAGAAAAUUCCUUUCCUUCUCCAUGGCUUAGUCUGGAAUGGAUUUAUGAAGAUGAAUUUAUGUGGACAUUUUCGAUAAUAAAUGAAAUGAAAUCGUUUCAUGAUGAGAUCGAGAAUAGAAUGGAAAAGUGUAACGAUUGUAAAUACAACGACAUGCUAGUGCUGAAACAUGCUUAG